CCAAAAACGAGAGAAACGUGGUUGAUUUUUAUUUCUCGGUUCCACGAAAUUCAAAAUAAAAACACCAAAUGAUGGGCAUCAAAAACACCGGUAAACUUGCCGGCAAAACACUGUUCAUUACGGGAGCUUCCCGAGGAAUUGGCAAGGCUAUUGCCCUGAAGGCGGCUCGCGACGGUGCAAACAUUGUGGUGGCGGCCAAAACAGCCGAUCCCCAUCCGAAGUUGGCUGGGACGAUUUACACGGCGGCGGCUGAAAUUGAAGCGGCCGGAGGCCGGGCUCUGCCUUGUGUGGUGGACGUUCGGGAUGAGUCAGCGGUGAAGGCGGCCGUUCGGGCUGCCGUUGAUAAGUUUGGCGGUAUCGAUAUACUGGUGAACAAUGCGAGUGCGAUUUCGUUAACCGGAACCGAGCGGACCGAUAUGAAGCGGUACGAUCUGAUGAACAACAUCAACACCCGGGGGACGUUCUUGGUCUCCAAAGAAUGCAUUCCGUAUCUGAAGAAAAGCAGCCACGCCCACAUCCUUAACAUUUCGCCUCCACUGACGUUUGAUCCGGAAAAAUUCGGCCAACAUGUGGCCUACAGCAUCGCCAAGACGGGAAUGUCGAUGUGCGUCCUAGGGAUGGCCGAAGAGUUCCGCAAGGACGGGAUCGCCGCGAACGCCCUUUGGCCGGCAACAUCGGUCUUGACGGCGGCCGUAGAGAUGCUUUUCGGCGACGGGGUUGAGCAGGUUUCCCGGAAGCCGGAAGUGAUGGCCGACGCCGCUUAUGCCAUUGUUGCCAUUGUUACCAGGGAUCCUAGAAGUUGCACCGGAAACUUCUACAUCGAUGAAGAUGUGCUGAGGGCCGAAGGUAUCAACGAUUUCGACCAGUAUUCUUGCAUCCCGGGUAACAAAAACUUACUCCGGAUGGAAACUUUUGUCGAUGACAUCAAGCGGUCUAAACUUUGAACAAUUUUGAGCGGAUAAAUUUCUGUUCUUGAUCAAAAACCUUGAAAUAA